CCAUGUGACCGCCUUCCUUAUCCGUGGGGGAGGAGGCGAGAGUGUCCGUUAAUAAAGUUUCAGUUUGUUUUACCUCAUUUGAAGGAGUAAUGGCUGUUUGUGUCGCUUUGAAGCGGUCAGGAUUGUGGCGCAGGUUUAUUGUGACCGCGGCUCGGUUUAGCCGCACUGAGCGGUUUUUCAAUCGAGAAGCCAAGAUUCUGUACCAAAGUAAUGACUCUGCUCAAAACAUAAGGCUUUCUCAAAUGGAAACACUGAUGCUGCCUCCUGGAACAUUUCAGGGUAAAGUAGCCUUUAUCACUGGUGGAGGUACUGGACUCGGGAAGGGAAUGGCAACUGCCCUGUCCUCUUUGGGUGCUGAAUGUGUUAUUGCAAGUAGAAAACUAGAUGUUUUGAAGCAAACAGCAGAAGAAAUCUCUUUGCAAACUGGAAACAAGGUUCAUGCAAUUCAGUGUGAUGUGAGAGAUCCAAACGCUGUGAAAUCUACAGUGGAGCAAAUGUCUAAAAUGACAGGACUUCCUGAUGUUAUUAUCAAUAAUGCUGCUGGAAACUUCAUCUCGCCUUCGGAACGUCUUUCUGCUAAUGCUUUUAAAACUAUUGUAGAUAUUGUCCUUAAUGGUACUGCAUAUGUAACUCUAGAAAUUGGAAAAGAAUUGAUUAAAGCAAAAAAAGGUGCAUGUUUCCUCUCUAUUACUACCAUCUACGCAGAGACUGGAUCAGGAUUUGUCAUGCCCAGUGCCUCUGCAAAAGCAGGAGUGGAAGCUAUGAGCAAAUCACUCGCUGGUGAAUGGGGCCGAUAUGGUAUGAGGUUCAAUGUGAUUCAGCCCGGACCUAUUAAAACAAAGGGUGCCUUUAGCCGACUUGACCCAAGUGGUAUGUUUGAGAACGAAAUGCUGAAGAGAAUUCCAAUGGGCCGCUUUGGUACUGUGAAUGAAAUUGCCAAUCUUGCUACCUACCUUUGCAGUGACUAUGCCAACUGGGUUUCAGGAGCAGUCAUACGCUUUGAUGGUGCUGAAUAUGUUUCCAUAGCUGGUGAAUUUAACAGUCUACAGAAGGUCACAAGUGAACAAUGGGAUAUGUUAGAGUCUCUGAUCAGGAAGACCAAAGGUUCCUAAGUAUGUCAUAAAUCUUGCAAACAACUGAACAGAAUUUAAACAAAUGUUUGUCAAGUGUUUUUCACCAGGCAUCAUCUUAACUUUAAAGAAAAUAAGUUGAUUUACUUUAAAUCAGUUUCGUCAAUUUAUUUUUAAACCUUUUGUAAUAUCUUUUAUAGCAACAAUUUUGAUGCUAAAGUUUAUAACAGUAAAAGAUUAUCAAUGCUUGUGGAAUCAUAGUUUGACAAUUGCACUGUUGAGGUUCUGCUACUCUAAUCAGUCCAAGCAUGAAGCAGACACAAACUGACUUACUCUGAUAAGUUUCCCAGGUAAUAUGUUAUAAACACUUGUGUGAUGCCAUGGGAUAGAAAUUGAGGAGAUGAAUCCUUGAGCUUGUAAAUUAACUAGUAAAUCUUUUUGAAAAGAAAGAGAUGCAUACCAGUGUGGUGUCCUAACCCUUUGAAAUGUAUCAUAUGAUAUUAGCUUGAAAAUUAAAUUUUUAAACAAUGGAAUUAUAAGACUUUAUAUUAGAUUAUGUAAUCAAAACUUCUAAUUACUUGUUUCCUUCUGACAUGUCAAAUUAAAGGCAAGUUUAAACCCAGUGCCCUGCACACUGCUCCAGUGAUUGCAUUGUAAGCAAAAAGUUCUUUUAUAAUAAGUCUGCAAUCAAUAUUAAGUGUACAGAAUAAUUUUAAUAGCAAACAUUUCUGUUUAAUUGCUAUUUGUUGGUUUAAGCUGUCUUAGCUGUUUAGUUUCCUCAUACCUUAUUCAUUCUGUUUUCUCAGUCUCUGAAUUCUCUGUAUAUAAGUAUCUCCUGUACACAUUUUCUAUGUCUGUUUGUUUAUCCCAGAUGAAGAGAACAAAAUCCAAGUUAAAAUAAGCAGGAAAAAUAAAUAAGGAAAAAACUAAAUGGGUUUUAACUUCAUGAACUCAUUAAUAAAUUGCAUAGUACCAGAAACUUUCAGCUUCAAUUUGUUUUUACUUGUUGGCAUUUGUUAUCCCUCAAAUUGAAAGUAUUACACUUUUUUUAAAAAAAAAACAGACAUUUGGCACAAAAGAAACAAAUGAUUAAUGCAAAUCUUUUCUAUGGGGUUGAUUUUAAUAUCUUUAAUUGUAAAUUAUGGAAAUUACACAAUGUAUCUUUUAUACCUUCAAUACAUGUAUUAAACAAUCUUGACCAGUU